AUGUAUACUCUCAAGACGCUUUCUGUUCUGGCUGUCGCUGCCGGCGUCGCCGUUGCAGCCCCGACCCCUACUGAGGAGGGCACCGGCCUGGCGAAGCGGUGGUAUCACGGCUACCACUGGUGGUCGACUGGCGACGGCAGCACCUCCUUGGUCAUCCCUCAGGGAUGGACUCCUGGUCAAGCAGCGCCAACUGAAGCUCCCACCACAACUGUCGUGACUGUGGUCACUGAAGUGGCAGGCUCUCCUCCUGCUGCAGCCGCUCCCGCUUCAUCUUCUCCUGCUCCCGCUCCCGCUGCUCCAGCUACUCCUGUCGCCUCCUCCAGCAGCCCAGCUCCCACCAUCGGCUCCAGCUCCGGCGACUACAUGGACGUUGUGUCCAAGUGGCGUUCGGCCGGCGGUCUCCCUGCCCUCAGCAGGGACAGCACCCUCGAGGCCAAUGCCCUCAAGACCAGCACCGACAGCGUUGGUGGCCUGAAGCACGAGCUCAACCCAGGUACCAUGGCUCAGGUGCUUGCUCCUGGUAGCCCUUCCAACUUUGAAGAGGUCUACGUUGGUGGCUGGCUCUGCGAAAUUCCAACUCUACCCGGCUUGGACGGAAUCUGCUCCACUGCUUCUCAGGGCUGGUCUUACGACGGACAGACAGGUCAUGCCACCAUUUUGACGAGCACAUCCUAUUCAAAGAUCGGGUGCGCAAUCGCAAGCAACACCAACGUCUGGUCAUGUGGGUAA